AUGGAGGACUCGACUUCAACAUCGCAAGUCCCACCGACCCAGAUCGUAAGUAUCGAGCAUCCCUGCAUCAUCAAGAACUUCCACAAUGGCUUCAAUUCCCUGGGAGGUGAGCAGCAGCUCAAGCACGUGCUCGAAAACGACAUCGGCGACAGCAAAGACCCAGAUAUUAAGGGCGGCGUGGAACCAGAAGCUGGAGUCUCUCUUCGACCAAACGACCCUUUCGCCAAGAAGCUGGCCUCGGACGGUGUGCAUACUGGCAAUGUCCUGGUGAAGGUGACUGUACCCAAAACAACUGGACGAAAGCGCAAGCGUGGCUCCGAUGUACCCUAUCAGGAGUCAUAUGGGAACCGGGGAAUGGCACCAGAAAGCAUCACAGCUCCGGACUUGCUACGACGGAUGCAGGACAAUCCUCAAAGCUAUACCAUGGAGGCCGUUGGUGUGAUCACCGACACGCAUCGCUUCAAGAGCCUCCCAGACUUUCAGCUUCGAGCGGAUGAUGUACCCAUCAUGCAUGAACUUCGCGACCACGCCAUGACUCCCGACUACGAGCGCCUCAAAGCCUUCGACCCAGUGGCGGGCCAGAACACCGUGAAUCCUAUUUUGCAAACAACUUCUACACCAACACCACUCCCAGGGCCCCCAUCCUUCCUGCACACCAGCCGCCCCUACGCUCGCUACCCACCACCCAAGCCAGCCCAACCCAUGCCGCCAACGCAAGCCCCUCAGAAGGUACAGAAAAAGCGCGGCCCCAAGCCCAAACCCAAGAUCCCACGCGCCACCAAAGAACCCGCCCCCCAACUGCGCGACAUGCUCGUCCACCACGCCCUCGCCGCCUACCCCGUCGGCCCCUCAACCGCACUCACCCCGCGAAGCGAGCUCGGCUCCACUAUCUCCACCAUCAUCGACCAACUCACCACCGCCAUGCAAACCCGCCCCAUCCACGCCCGCCUGGCCUACCAGUCCCUCCUGCGCGGCCACAAAGACGCCAACAUCCGCUUCGCCUUGCCACACGUCGGUUUCUACCUCGACGGCGGACCCUGGAAGAACACCAUCGUCAAAUACGGCCUCGACCCGCGUCGCGAUCCGAAGUACCGCAUCUACCAGACCGUUUCCUUCUCCAAAACCGCUUACGCCGCUAUUCGCGGGGGCAGCGCCUACGGCAGUCCGGACAAGCUGGAUCGCGUCUUCGACGGCACCCGCGUCGUCGACCCGGCGGAGAUGUGGCAACUCUGCGAUUUCACGCAGCCCCUUUUACAGCGUCUCGUACACGACUCCCCCGUGCGCCCGGUGUGCCAUAGGCGGUACGGAUGGUACUACAACGGCACCAUAGCGAAGAUCCUCGUCAUCGUGCGAGACAUGAUGGUGCAGCUCUCCAACCCCGGUCGGUACGGGAAUCUGACGGAUAAAGACUACGAAGUCCUGCUCAAACUCCCCGAUCAGGUGGAGGAGGCGAUGGAAUGCCAUCUUGAGCACUGGCAUGGAGAGCAUUUGGUUCGGUUGGCGGAGGCGAUUGGGGCCGAGGCGGUGAGCGCGACGUAUCAGGGUAUAAGGGGGUAUGAGGAGCAGUUCCCCGUGAUGGAGCGGAAGAGGGAGGGUGCUGCGGAAGGUGCGUGGCGGAAGAUGGGAGGACGAGGGAUGGGGUUGAAGGGCGGGGGGGCUAAUGCUGCUGGGCGGGCUAGUGUGGGUAGUCUCGGCGGGGCGGAGGACGGUGUUGCAGCCAGAGGGGCCGACGAGUCUACCACUGGCGAGGCGGCAGUUGAUGGUGGAGAAGCUGAUGUGGACGCCGAGGGUGAAGGAGCUGAUCAUAAUGAUCCCACGAGUAGAGAUCAUGAACCGAACGACGACGACAACGAACCGGACGAGAGAGGCGCGAAUCUUGACGAUGAGCCGCUCACUGACAUCUCGGAUGUCGGAGAGGCGGCCGAUGGCGAUGAUGAGGCGCGCAAGGAGGACGUAGGAGGUGAAGAUGCCGAGCUAGACGGUGGAAUCGAUGGCGACGAAGAGGCGGACCACGACGAGGGGGUGGAUGAAGAAGGGGCGGAUCUUCAAGACGAGCCGCUCACAGAUAUCUCAGACGUCGAAGACGCAGGUGGUGAAGGGCAGUCGACUGCCGCAGAAGAGUCCACGCAUCGGCCAGGGAUCAAUGCAGAUCCUGCGGCUUGA